GUUCUCAAUUGCCGACUUAAUAUGCAUCUCCCUCUCCAUAAAAUAUAACACUUUGCUACACAUGAAGCCAAUCUAUCGCAGCUGUAGACUCCAACGAAGCCAUUCUAGUUUCACUUCUUAUUUUAAGCAUAUGUUUCCAGCUCUGACGCCUGACUCAAAUUUGGCCUUCUCGAGCCCAAGUAUAUCUAAGCACCAUGGCUCAAUCUUUGGAUCUCACUUCGUCAACAGAGCCCCACACACUGAAUUUGGACGAGUACAAAACUCUCCCAGGGCCGACGAUAUUUAGGCCAGAUGAUCCCUGGGGGAGGAUUCCAAAAAAAGCACAUUUCUUGCUAUGUGCGAACUGUGGAUUGAAUGCAUUCUCCGAGAUACAUUGUUCUUACAUCAGUCACCUCAGGUGCAAUACCAGCUUCAAUAGGGGUUUUUGGAGCAUUGGCGAGAAAUAUAUUCUGAAAGAGAAGCCCCUUUUGGGAGAGGGACGAGCUGAUUAUGUGGGUUCCGAUUACCCAAUCAAUCAAUUUCUGAGCAAGAAUUCUACUAUACCCGUUGCAAAGAACAUGAUUUAUUGGAAAGACAGCACAAGUUACUUUUGGUUCAUGGAAAAAACCCCUGGCAAAACUUUGUAUGAAGUUUGGGGUGAGUUAGACGAAGAGAAAAUGAAGUCUCUCGCCAAGGAGGUCAUUGAAUAUCUCGCACAGGCACGUAAGUUCACAUCAACAAAACCAGAGAAUCCGGAUGGUUCACUUAUACGAGAUAACUUACUUAAUCCUUCCGGUGUGACUUUUGUGAGCGAAGAUGCUGAAGAAUGGUGGGCUCGUAACGAGCCUCGACUAGACCAGUAUACCAAAAGUAGAUGGAAGAAUAUGAAUGUGAUUGAGAAUUAUCCUGUAAAGGGACCAUACGUGCUCACGCACGGCGAUUUGGAUGGGAGCAAUAUACUGGUCAAAGAUGGACACAUUAGCGGUAUAAUCGAUUGGGAAUAUGGAGGAUAUCUACCGGAAUGGUGGGAAUUAUCCUGCGUGAAGUCUGUAGGCCCAGGAACCUGGCAUGAAUAUCUGCAGGCGGAGAUGAAAAUACAAUUCUCAAGUCCAGACCAAGCGAAAGCAGAAGAGUUUUUCCGAGAUCUCAGCUUCGAGUGCAACCUUCCGCGGGUGCAACUAGAACAGAGGCAGAUGAUUGAACCAACGAUAAUGCAAUGCCUCAAUUAUCGUCGCUAUUGUAGAGCCUUAGAGAAAAAGGAUGGAAGCGGGUGGUCUGCUUUUGAUACACGAGUGAUAGAGGAAGAUCAUGUUUUAGAGACAUUCAAAGCGCUUAGUUUAGAAGAGCAGAAGAAGCUGCUGUGGAAGGAAGCUUCAUAGACAAUUGAUUGGGGCAGCCAUCUGGAACGUUAUUAUUUUAUUUAACUAUCAAACCAAACAGUAUGCAGAGUAUUAAAAUGAGUUCCCAAGUAUCUUCUCAAUGUUGUUGUUUCCCCCUUUGCUCGAUACCACCCAGUCUUCCUCUUUCCUUCUUCUUUUUUUGCGUUACUGUAUGGUCCACCCAUACACACA